AUGCAGCUGCUAAGACGGCGACAACCUCCCGCCGCCGUAGGAUCUCCGAGUAGGCCUCAUUCGGUUCACGGAGCUUCAUCUCGUCAACAAGUGGAUUGGAGUCGUCUUCUUGGACAGUGAGAUCCUGGCUUUGUGUAUAUAUAGCCACGAGAUCUUCGAUUUGUUCCUGCCCAUUUGUCACUGUUCGUAGGCUAAACCCACAAAUGGAAGUAACGAGGAUUCUCCUACUUCUCGUCUUCAUCUCCUCUACCUUCUGCUGCACUCCUGCAUAUGGAAGAGCUCGUCUUCAUGUGAAGCGUCCGAGGUACAGCAUUGCUCUCCCUCCAAUGGCGGAGCCUCCCUCUCCCAGUUUCAUCCGUCGGCUUCCUGCACUUGCUCCUGAGCCUGCCAUCCGCGGGAAUUCUGGGCUGAGCUCUACAAACUCCACUAGUGGACAGCCUCCUCGUCCUCCUCCUCCAGAGCCUAUCGAUGGCAACCACGGUUGGAAUUCCACCAACUCCACCGCUGUUCUCGACGUGCGUGCCCUCGGAGCAAUAGGCGAUGGAGUCUCCGACGACACCGAAGCAUUAAAGAGCGCGUGGGAGGCUGCUUGCCAAGGAGGGCCAGGACUCAUCCUUCUUCCGCAGGGCUACACCUUCAAGAUCCAGUCGACCAUCUUCGCCGGGCCUUGUCGGAGUGAGCUCACGUUUCAGGUCGAUGGAACAAUUACGCCACCCGAUGGUCCGGACGAAUGGCCUCAGAGCAUUAGCCGGCGGCAGUGGCUUGUGUUCUACAGAGUCAACGGGAUGAAGCUACAAGGAGGUGGACUCAUUGAUGGAAAAGGAGAGAAGUGGUGGAACCUUCCGUGCAAACCUCACAAGGGGCCAAAUGGCACGACAUUGCCUGGAACUUGUGAUAGUCCUGUGGCUCUGAGGUUCUUCAUGAGCUCAAAUCUCACGGUACGCGAGCUCAGAAUCCAAAACAGCCCUCAGUUCCACUUCCGGUUCGACAACUGCAGGAACGUCACCAUUGACACAAUCUGUAUAAGCUCACCUGCUCUUAGCCCCAACACCGAUGGCAUCCAUGUGGAGAACACCGAGCUGGUCGGAAUCUACAACUCCGUCAUCUCUAAUGGGGAUGACUGUGUGUCCAUCGGAGCUGGUAGCGUCGGCAUAAGCAUCGUAAACGUAACCUGUGGACCAAGCCAUGGUAUCAGCAUCGGGAGCCUUGGAAAGCAGAACACUCGGGCCUGUGUGGCAAACAUAACAGUGAAGAACGCAGUCAUCAAGCAUUCAGACAAUGGUGUCAGGAUCAAGACAUGGCAAGGUGGAUCGGGAUCGGUCUCAUCCAUCAGCUUCGAAAACAUACGCAUGGACACCGUGAGGAACCCCAUCAUCAUCGACCAGUACUACUGCCUCAGCAAGUCAUGCCUGAACCAGACUUCUGCGGUCUACGUAUCAGAUGUAUCCUACACCGGCAUCAGGGGAACAUACGACGUUAGGAGUCCGCCCAUCCACUUGGCAUGCAGCGACUCUGUUCCCUGCACCAACAUCACUCUAUCGGAGGUGGAGCUGCUUCCUGCCCAAGGAGACUUCAUCUCCGAUCCAUUCUGCUGGAAUGCCUACGGCGCGACAGAGACGCUGACGAUUCCUCCGGUGUCGUGCUUGUCGGAGGGCUUACCUCAAUCGAUUAUUGACAUUGAUUCAGAUAAGUGCUAUCGAGGAAGUUAAAUGGUACACGAAGAAUCAUACUCAAUGUAACAGUAAGGUUGCAAUAUAGUGACGAGAAAUGCUCAAUGAAAGGAGUGAAGUUAUGGAAGUUAGCUGUGUGUAAUCAACACAUUCUCCCAAUGAAAUGGAAAAAGAGUCAAACGUGCAAA